AUGACUGCCACGAAACGGAAGUAUCUAGGAGGCUCGGGCAAUGCCUUGACCGUCUGGAUCACGCUUGCCGCCUCGACUGUCCUCGUCUUCUAUGGCUAUGAUCAGGGUGUCUUUGGAAACGUCCUCGUCGGUCAGAACUUCCUCGAUCAAAUGGGCAACCCGUCGGCAAAAGACCAAGGAACUAUGACCAGUGUUUAUAAUUUGGGAUGUUUCGGAGGCGCGUUAUCCACGCUUUACACCGGCGACAAGCUUGGUCGUCCCAGGACGCUACUCCUGGGAAGUAGCAUCAUCGCCGUGGGUGCCAUCAUCCAGACGGCAUGCUGGAGCAUGGGGCAAAUGGAGGCAGGAAGAGUCAUUGCCGGCCUUGGAACAGGCAUGAACACUGCCACAGCAGGCGUCUGGCAGGCUGAAACAAGCAAGUUCCACAGCCGUGGGAAACUAGUCAUCAUUCAGAUGGCCAACUGCAUCACCGGAUUUUGCAUUUCGAAUUGGUUGACUCUGGGCUUUUCUUUCGCCCCCGGCAGCGUUGCCUGGCGUUUUCCAUUGGCUUUUCAGUGCUUCUUCACUGCCUUAGUAUGGAUGAUGUGCCCGUUUCUCCCGGACUCGCCCCGUCUGUUGAUUCGGAAAGGCAGAUAUGAUGAAGCACGUGAAGUUCUCGCAGCGCUCGAGGGCAAUGGCGCCACUCCCGAGUCCGCCUCCGUCCGUACCCAGUUUAACAUCAUCAAAGACGUCCUCGACCGAGAAACCGCCCUCCAGUAUACUUGGUGGCAGCUCCUCACUGGGCGAGGACCGUCUGGUGUUGUCAGAAGAAUGAUUCUGGGUGCUUGGAUGCAAGCUAUGAAUCAAAUUAGCGGCAUCAAUGUCACAUCGUACUUCCAGACUUACAUUUUUAUCCAUGCCAUCAAUUUGAGCGAACUAUUAGCCCGCAUUCUCGCAGCUGCCGGUUCUGUCGAUUACUUGAUCUUCAGCUUCCUGGCAUGGUUCCUGAUUGAGCGCUUCGGCCGUCGCCGCGUCAUGAUGGUAUCGGCCUUUGCUUGCUCAGCAUGCUGGACCACCAUCAGCAUCUCCCUCGGGCUUUCCGAGACCGGCAAAGCGAAUGCCUACUCGAUGGGCGCCCUCGCUACGACGGCGUUCUUCCUUUUUUUCGCUAGCUUCGGUUCAGGCGUCUUAGGAGUUCCCUGGCUCUAUCCCACUGAGAUCAAUCACAUCUCGUUCCGAGCCAAGGGAGCAUCUCUCGCCAUGAGCACGAACUGGAUCAUGAAUUACAUGGUGAGGCCGCCCACUCUCCAAUCGAUGCCACAAGCUCCUACCAAGGCAGAACCAGUUGUUGAAACAGGAAAUGGAUGGCUGACAUUGGCAUCUUUCGGUUGUCUCGAAUCUAGGUCGCACAAGUCACACCGCCGGGAAUCGCGAACCUGGGCUACCGUUUCUGGAUCAUCUGGGCCGUUCUCUGCGCCAGCUUCAUCCCGACGACGUACCUUUUGUAUCCGGAGACGGCGAACCGUACGCUCGAGGAUAUCGAUCGGUAUUUCGAAGAGCACAGAAACAUCUUUGUGUUCAACGACAAGAUGGCGACGCAGCUGAAGCGGCCAGAGGUGUGGGAGAAGAUGGACGAGGAGAUCGCGAAGCGGGCGGACGAGGAGAAGAUCAAGAAUGGCGAGGUCUUCGAGGAGCACGAAGUUACGGAUGGCAUGACCAAGGGAGAGGACGAGGUCGUGUACCUCGAAAAGUGAGGUGAAUUGAGCGCUCAAAUAGAGAAGCGGGUUGAGUCUCUUUGGAUGCAGUGCUGUGACCGACCAGCUUGACCUCAGGCCCGAUAGAUUCGCAACGAGCACUCAAUUUCUACUAUACACACUAUAUAGAGGGAAGAGUUGCCGACAGCAAAAUAGAUUCAGACUUCUACACCAAAGA